AAGAGAAUAAACCCACAGCUAGCCUUGACUUUUAUGUGUACAAUUCUAUGAUCCAUCAAAACCCCAUCAAAAAUUCCUAGUUAACCCCACCAGAAGACUUGAGACUGAGACGAGGACCAUGUGUGAUCCUGGCAAAGCCCGCAACCGGAUGGAGAGUAUUCACAUCUUGGAGGCUCUGAGCUGUUUGCUCGGUGUCACCCAAUACCAGGUGCUCUCCACCCUGUUUCAACUGGCCUACCACGAGCACCAUCCACUCAAGCGUUUUAAUCGCUGCCCCGCCUGGUCGGUGAUGGAGCGCAUGGAGGUUCCCUUCACCUGUCUGCCUGAUCAGAGGAUCUACGACAGCCUGUACGAUCGCUGGGGUCGUCCAAUCGAUCCGCUAGACAAGAGCAAUGCCUACAAGCUAAUGCGCUUGCUCUUCCUGACCCCCUUGCUGGUGCCCCAGCAGCGGAACCAGCUCCAGAUCAUGCUCAACAAGCUUAACAGGCGAGCCAAGAGACCCGUGAAUCUGGAGGAACUGCUGCCGGUUCUGGCGAGGCUGAAAAUAGGGGAGGUGGUGUGUAAUGUCUUGGAGCGAGAUCUACGGCCGCUUUGGCGAAAGGCUCCUCGUGGGAAAUGUAAUCCAGAGCCACGCUCUCGGUAUCUGCCUUGGUGAACAAUAGUCAUGGUCUUGGUUUCAAAUCUUCUGUAAA